AUGUUACAAAAAGCCGCCGUCAGUGCUGCGCUAGUCCAGGCCGCAAGCGCAGCCCUUUACGAUACUACCAUCCAGACAAAGUAUGGACUGAUUCAGGGUUACCCGGUCUUCAAUAGCUCCCCGGCAAAUAUGUCUCUUGACAAUUGGGCAGAUAUCGCCGUCUGGAAGGGUAUUCCCUUUGGUGCAUCUACCGCAGGCAACAAUCGCUUCAGGGCUCCUCAACCCAUCGUCGCAUGGAACUCAACUCUCGACGCCAAGUCAUUUGGCAGUGUCUGCCCUUCUGCUGUGGGCAGCGGUACAGAUGAUUACACCAUCGGAGAAGAUUGCUUGAACCUCAACGUCUGGAGCGCAGCAAACUCAACGGAUGCUAAGUUGCCCGUUGUCAUGUGGAGUUAUCCAGCCGGCUCGACCGCGGCGAUGCCGCUAUUCGACGGAGCAGGUAUUGCCGACAAGGGCGUCGUAUACGUCAACUACAACUACCGCACCGGAUCUUUCGGCUGGCUCGCAGCGCCUGAGCUCAACCAGGAGAGAUUCAGCAGCGCUGGAUCGAACAGCUCGGGCAACUACGGUAUGCUGGACCAGUUUGCCGCUUUGAAGUGGAUUCACGAGAACAUUGCCAACUUUGGUGGUGAUCCGGACCACAUCACAGUCAUGGGCCAGUCCGCCGGCUCGGCGGCUACCUACCACAUGCUCAACGGCCCUCUGCACGGCGUUCCUCUCCAUGGUGCAAUCAUCCAGUCUGGCGUCCGCGACCCUCACGAUCCUCUGUGCACUAGCUUGGCGGAAAACUACCGGACCCUGGACGUGAAUAUGGACACAGCGAGCAGAUACAUGGCUUCAUUGAACUGCUCUGAUAUCGCAUGCAUGCGCGCUCUGCCGAUGGAUGACUUAGUCACCGACUUUCUCAAUUCAGAUUUCAGCUUUACAGCUACGCUCGACUAUUACGCCAUGCCGGAUACUUACAUCAACACUCUAAAGAAGGGAAUUGCCCAGGAUGUCCCUGUCAUGACGGGAAACACUAAAGACGAGAGCGGGGCGGAAUACGGCCUCAACAUCACUCUUGCAACCUACAUCUCCGACUUGAACGAGACAUUCAGCACAUGGCAGGACAAGUUCCUCGCCGCAUACCCUGCCAACGACUCGGCUACGGCUUCGGCAGCCGAGAACGCCCAAUGGACUGACCGCUCGAAGGUGGGAACAUUCUUCUGGUCGCAGUUGUGGCAAGCCAAUGCUACGUCGUCGGUUUACAACUACAUCUGGGAUCACGCCCCGCCUGGGCAGACUCGUGGCGCUUUCCACAUGAGCGAGAUCAACUAUGUCCACAACAACCUCUACGGAACCGACUCCCCAUGGACCAGCGAGGACUACGAGAUUGCCGAGAUUAUGAACAACUACUGGGUCAACUUUAUCAAGACUGGCGAUCCGAAUGGAGACGGCUUGGACAAGUGGGCUCCUGGAAGCAACGCCAGUGCGACAGUGAUGGAGCUUGGUGAUGGUUUCCAAGCCCUUCCUAUUGCCAAGGACAACCAGAUUGAGUUAUUUGCCCAAUGGUUCGAUACCCUGGUCACUUACUAG